AUGUCUGGCCAGGAUAGUCACAGCCGGUAUCUACAACCGGGAAACUCAGCAGGCGGAGCCUACGGGAACCACUAUGAAAACGACGGAAACGCUUCGUCGUCUCAAUUGAGCUCUCACUCUCGUUCUCACUCUCAAAGCAGCACCGGCGGUCGAAGACGCAAGGGCAUUGUCGGCCGCAUCGUGGGGGGAGUUGCCGCUGGUAUUGGUCUCGCGUCUGAGAGUUACCACAACCAUCAGGAGAAGAAGAAAGCACAGGCCGCGGCUGCUGUUGAUGAAUCCCAAGCGGUGAAUGCGCCGGAAGCAUAUCGGGAUGAAGGGCGGCACAUCUCACAAGCACGAGAAGGCGACGGAGCUUCAGACAGCGACGACAACGAUGAGCCCGUGCGCGUCGACCAAGAGACGUCCCGAGACCUGGAUGAAGCAGCGUGGCAGCUCGAUGCCGCGCAAUCAGAGCUUGAGCCACCGCCGGACUACGCUACUGUCACGGGGCAGAGCCUUGACGUUCAGGCAAUGGCCGAAGGUUUUAUACAAAGUCAUGCUUUGCUGUCAAGCCAGCAGGUUCAGCGGCAAGGAUUGCCGAUGCCUGUGAUCCUUCCGCAACGCCGCCCGGGAGAGCGUGCCCGCGGCUUCAUCCACGCCUACGCGCCGCUGCUUCAAGACGUAGGCAUUGACGAGGCGACGUUCAACGACUUCAUCACACAGCUGAACAUGGCAACGGCCCCAUCGCCGUGGAUCAACGCCAUCAACCUCGCGGCCGUCGCUGUGCAGAAUGUCCCCGAGCCUAUCACCAUUGCCGUUUCCAUCGCGGCACAGGUGGGCACUCAAGUCAGUCUCCAGGCUCACAGCCGUUCAAAGACAAACACCUUUUUGAACAAGAUGAACGCCGAAUUCUUUCGUCCAUUAGGCCUCAUUGCCGUCAUCCUGACUUGGAAGCCGAGCCGAGCCGGUGAGGUUGUCACACAAGCCACUUUUGACGAGGCACUGGAGCAAGCAACGCAACAUGCUUCAGGUCCAGGCACCGGAGCAGCAAGCAGUUUCAACAAUAAGAUGCAAGCCUCGCAUGGAACAACGAGCUUUGAGUGGCCGGAGUCGGCACCGCUGGUGUUUCCGACUCUGGACAAGCUCGCUAACACGCCUGGAGGGAGGCAGGCGGUUGAAGAUGCUGGGAAGAAGCCAAACGGUUUGAAGCGUGGGAUGAACUUUGCGAUGGAAUAUAUGGAUAAGCGGUCUCAAGCUCAGUGGGCCAAUGAGCACCCGGAGAGUCGUCUGGCUCAGCUGAAUGAGAAGCCAGGGUUUCAUUCACGCUACGCUGAUCCCAACCAUCCGGCGAGCAGUGGAAGCCUUCUUGCUUUGCUGACAGGAGGCGCCGUCACUGGCAAAUUGAGUCAAAGAAGCCAGGCGAAACGUGAUGAGAGGGCUGCUAGACGUGAGCAUCGGUCAGAACGCCGGGAGGCGAAGAGAGAGCAGCGCGGACCUACCCUCUUGGGCACGGUUGGGCCAAGGGCUCUGAUACGCGGUAUCAAGAAGUUUAUGCAUGAGCUGACCGUUGUCGAAGGACGUCCUAUAUCUGAUGAUUGCCAAUCUGCCGUCAACUGA